AUGCUGCCAACCAAGGGGCCGAUGAGGAGCAGGUCCAAAAGAGGCUGCUGGACGUGUCGCAUCAGGCACCGAAAAUGUGACGAGGGCCACCCCUUCUGCAAAGAGUGCGACAAUCGCAACAUCCACUGCCACGGCUAUGGCCCCAGGCCCUCGUGGCUGGACGACGAGGAGCAGGUGCGCGCCGAGCUGUCGCUGGUCAAGAAGGCUGUCAAGCAGAACGCGAGGCUGCUGAACAAGGGUCCCGUCAGAGCCGCCGGGACAGACCCUCAGCUGCGGGCAAUUUCAUCCAAGCAGCAGCAGGAGCACGACACCGCCGUCCCCGGGCCCGAACAGGCCUUGUGGGCCUCAUGCCCAAGUCAGGAAAUGCGGUUCCGGGAGGCUGAGCUCAUCAUGCUGUACCUGGACUACAUCUUCUACAUCCAGUACCCGUACUACACUGAUAACGCCGAGCUCGGCGGGCGUGGUUGGCUGUUCUGGCUGUUGAUGAACAACCGUCCACUGCGGCAGGCGUCGCUAACCCUGGCCGCCCUGUACCAGCGGACCAAAUUCGCGCGAGGCACCGAGUACAUGGAGGCCGAGUUGAUUGAGUACCACACCACCGCGCUGAGUGCCAUGCGCCAUGCCUUGUCAGGACAAGAAGGCGACCUGGCACUCGACGUCGGGGAGAGGCUCAUCACCUUCAUUUCUAGCGGCUGCUGUCUCAUCAGUUUCGAGGUGUUGCAAGGUGGCUCAUUGAACUGGCAGACUCAUCUUGAUGCCCUCACGACCGUGGUCAGCAAGAUCAAACUGCCGCCGUUCGACGACGGUGACCAUGAGUCGCCGGCACAGCAGGGGCCCGGCGGCAGUGGCACUCUCUGGCGUGGGAUGAAAUAUGCAAGACGCUUCGAAAUCACCAAGCUGUUGUGGUUCGAGCUUCUUUCAACAGCCUCCACCGGGGUGCCCCCGCGUAUGCCUUACCGGGCAUGGCUCGACUCGGACGAGAUUCUCAUGGCGGACUUUGUGGGUUGCCAGAACUGGGUGAUGCGAGUCAUUGGCGACUUGUCCAUGAUCCAAUUCGGCGGCGACUGUCCCGGUGUGGAACAAAGGCGAGAGACGCUGCUUGGCCUCGAGAAGAUGUUACGCGAGGGCAUUGAGAGACUGCGAGCAGGAAGCAGAAAGCCAGAAGCCCCCGUUUCAUACUACAUAUCCCGAGUCUUUGCAGCCGGAGCCCUCGUUCUGCUGCACUUCAUCUUCUCGAGCACCCACCCUUCCGAAGCCAAUGUCUACGGCGCCGUUGGAUCCGUCAUGGCCGAACUUCGACAAGCUCCCGAAGACGUUUCGCUUCGAGGCGUGGUUUGGUCCAUUUGCAUCGCCGGGUCGUUGGCACAGCCCGAUCAGCAGCCUUUUUUUGAGCACCUCAUGACGCGGAUCUUAAGCAAGUCGAACAAAUCACAUUCCAACUUUGGAAACUGCGAGAGCGUUCAACGCAUCUUGAGGCAGUGCUGGACGAAGAGACACGAGGAUCCUCUGGGUGACUGGUCGUGGAGAGACGCUAUGGGAGACAUUGGAGAUUAUCCGCUGUUAGUGUGA